ACUCUGAGGUCAUCUUAUGUUAAAUAAUUUUGGAUUGUUUUCUUAAGAUGCCAAUCAAAAGAGGGCAUGUUGCUCCUCAGAACACAUUCAUCGACACACUAAUACAGAAGUUCGAUAGUCAAGGUCGGAAAUUUUUGAUUGCUAAUGCUGUUCUUCCUGGAGCACCAAUUAUUUUCUGCAACGAUGAGUUUUGCUCCCUUUGUGGAUAUUCAAGGGCUCAAAUUCUAUGUCGUUCUGCCGCUCUGGAAUUUCUGUAUGGACCAUCGACUUCAUUCGCAUCUAUCAAGGAUCUGAAAACAGCACUGUCAGAUUAUGAGGAGAAAGUGAUCAUGGCUAUUCUUUGCAACAAAUCAGGCAAUCAAUUUAUUUGUCAAAUAACAGUUGCUCCAGUACGUAAUGCAGAAGGCCAAGUUCGCCUAUACAUUUUAACUUUUGUGGUUAAUUCUGAAUUUAGAAAAACAAAAAGUACAAAUCACCCUAGUAAAACAAGCUUAACAAAUGAUAGGAAAACGAGUAGAAAUUAUCAACGACAGCUGUGUUGUAUAUCAGUCAAUGAUACAGUUGGUGAAGAGUCUCGAACAAUUAGUCAAUUAACUAAUGUUCAUGAUCACAAGGAUGAACUUGGACAACCCAUUUCUAGAUGUGAACUAGAAAACUCAACUUCUGCCAACUCUACUGAACGAGAUCUAAGUUGCACAUGCUUAAUGCAACCAGGCGAAUUGAAACAACCUCUACCUCGAUCUAAUUCUCUUGUAAGCAUUUCCCCAAAUGUCCCGAAAGAACCAAAAAGAGGUCGUAAUUAUUUAGUUUGCAGAGGACAUUCUAUUGUGAGUACAUCUUCACAUAUGUCCAGAGGUAAUUCACUCGUUGGUCUUUCUCGUGGAUGUGGUGGAAUUGUGGUGAAUACCAACUCAUGGAACGCAUCCCGUCGUCAUGUUUCAGAAAAAGUUGCUGAGAUGCUUUCCAUGGGUCCUGAAUUAAAUCCAGAACAAAAACUACAUUCUCCACGUAUUCAUCCAUUCACCUUAAAACAUUAUGGUCCUGUUAAAGCAGUUUGGGAUUGGCUUGUCCUUCUAUUUGUAAUUUAUACAGCUGUAUUCACGCCUUAUGCAGCAGCGUUUCUACUUCCUGAUGCUAAGCGAAAAAGAAGACACAAUGAUGGUUGGGGUCGAUAUAGUGGUCUUACAUCGUAUCAGAAUCCAUUACAAAUUAUCGAUUUAUUUGUAGAUAUAAUGUUUAUUGUGGAUAUAUUCAUUAAUUUUCGUACAACUUAUGUGAAUAGAAAUGAUGAAUUAAUUUCACAUCCUGGUCAAAUUGCUAUACAUUAUUUUAAGGGUUGGUUUCUAAUUGACGUAGUAGCAGCCAUACCAUUUGAUUUAUUAUUAUUCGGUGCUGAAACAGAUGAGAUGGCUACAUUAAUUGGUUUAUUGAAAACUGCACGUCUUUUACGUUUAGUACGUGUUGUUCGUAAAUUAGAUCGUUAUUCUGAAUAUGGUGCAGCUGUUCUCUUAUUACUCAUGGCUACAUUUGUUUUAAUUGCUCAUUGGCUUGCAUGUAUUUGGUAUGCUAUUGGUAAUGUUGAACGUCAACAAUUCAAUGUACGUAUUGGUUGGCUCGAUCAAUUAGCUGAACAAAUUAAACAACCAUUUGGUAAUCGAUCAACACUUGGACCAAGUAUUAAAUCAAAAUAUAUUACAGCAUUAUAUUUUACUUUUUCAAGUUUAACUUCAGUUGGAUUUGGUAAUGUAAGCCCAAAUACUAAUUCGGAAAAAAUAUUCUCUGUAUGUGUUAUGUUAGUUGGAUCAUUAAUGUAUGCUGGAAUAUUCGGACAUGUAAGUGCUAUUAUUCAACGUUUAUAUAGUGGAACUGCUCGUUAUCAUGCUCAAAUGGUACGUGUUAAAGAAUUUAUUCGUUUUCAUCAAAUACCAAAUCCAUUAAAACGACGUUUAGAAGAAUUUUUUCAACAUGCAUGGUCAUAUACAAAUGGUAUUGAUAUGAAUUUAGUAUUACGAAGUUUUCCUGAAUGUUUACAAGCUGAUAUAUGCUUACAUCUAAAUCGAAAUCUACUUAAUACAUGUUCACCAUUUAAAAAUGCAAGUCAAGGUUGUCUUCGAGCUCUUGCAUUAAAAUUAAAAACAACACAUGUACCACCUGGUGAUACACUUGUUCAUAAAGGUGAUGUAUUAAAUUUUUUAUGUUUUAUUGCUCGUGGAAGUAUUGAAAUUAUGAUUGGUUGUGAUAUACUUGCUGUAUUAGGACAAGGUGAUGUAUUUGGUGAGAAUCCAACAGAUUUUAUUAGUAUGGGUCAAUCAAAAUAUAAUGUGAGAGCAUUAACUUAUUGUGAUUUGCAUAGAAUUCAACGUGAUGAUCUAUUAGAAAUUUUAGAAAUGUAUCCAGAAUUUGCAAAACAAUUUAAAAAAGAAUUAGAAAUAACUUUUGAUUUACGUGAUUAUUCGGAUCCAUGCAUUCUUAAUCCGGAAUUAAUACAACCAUCAGAUAAACUCGCUAAAUAUCCUUCACCUAAACAUAUUAGCAUAUCACAUCAAACCAAUGCUGAUGUUGGUGACAAUAACAAUGACGCUGAUGAUAAUGGUGGUGUAAGUAAUGACAAUUCUGAUUAUGAAGAAGAUUUCGACGAAUGCUUUCAACUUCAUGAAAUAAAUGAUAUUCGUAACAUACAUAGUAUGCCUUUUAUUGAUUGUUACUCAAAUGACCAAUCACCAAUUGUUCGGAAAAAGCCGUUAAUUAACCCAAAUAUCUCAUCAACUAAAUCAUUUGAACAAAUUAAUCGGUACAACAAUAUGUAUACAUGUGAUCCUAAUGUGUUUUCAUUUACUAAUGAUAAUAAUAAUGAACUGGACAUAGUUGGUUUGUCGUCAAGAAAUAAAAUAAUGUACUAUCCUAUUCAUGAUAAACAAUCAAUAGUCGAAGAUUCAGCUGAUACUUCACAGCCAUCAUCUGCAAUAACUCAUCCGACUCAUUCCUUAAUUAAUAAUUCCAAGCCUUGUGAAGGAUCAAAUCCUGUUGAAAAUCAAAGUUUGAGUAGAAUUAGUUCAUCCGAUAUCAUUGUAAAUUUGUUAACACGUCUUAGUUCAAUGGAAAACAAUUUGUUAUCAUUAGAAAAGAAAUUGAACACUGAACUUAAUCAACUCUCUCAAUUAAUUGAUAUUUAUUCAUCUUAAAUAUAAAAUAAUCAUUUAAAUGAUUCAUAAAAAAAAGAAAUUUUCUUAUCAUUAUUUCUAUAUUAUGCAAUAAUAAUAAUUAUUAUUAUUUUUUCCCCAUUUUAUUCAACAUUUCAUAUUGUGUAUAAUGUUUCUCUCAUACUAGUAGUCAUGUACAGUUUAAUAAUUCAAGGAAAACAUUAUAAAUAUUUAUUCAGAAAAACAAAUGCAUGUUUUGCUCCUCUCA